AUGAAUAUGCGCACAUUCGCUGACCAGGUUGCUGAAACCGUAAUAAAGGGAUAUAAUGAACUAUCGUCAAAGGGAAAACCUUGUAUAAGAUCCAAUGGUGUCAAAGAAUGGACAGUUCUUGCCGGAAUAGUCGCUGUUGAUGAUGUUGCUGAGGAAUUCAGAUUGCUAACCAUAGGAACCGGGUUAAAAGCAACUCCAGACGUGGAAUUGAUAAGAAGUCAAGGAAGAAUUGUACACGAUUGUCAUGCAGAAAUAGUUUGUCUUCGUGCUUUUAAUGCUCUACUUCUCAAAGAGUUCCAAAAUGUAAAAGAUGGGAGAGAUUCUUUCCUAGUUGAACAAAAGGCCGCUGAAUACUUCAAGAUCAAAGAAAAGUGGCAUUUUGCAAUGUAUAUUUCUAGAAUUCCUUGUGGUGAUGCAAGUAUGGGAGUAUUAGUUGAUGCUGAUGAUGCCGAAAUAUUUGAUUACGAUGAGUUAGACGAUGACUAUGCUAAGAAACAAUAUAUCGAUCCAGAAAUCCACUCUAUAAUUAGAGGCCGAGCCAAUUAUGCCUUAAGGAAUGUUGUCAGAACCAAACCUGGCCGUGCUGACUCAAAUAUCACCCUUUCAAAGUCAUGUUCGGAUAAAUUGACGAUGAAACAAUUGACUUCACUUUGUAACUCAUUAACUUGGUGUCUUCUUGACGCGCCUGUAUACCUAAAUUUUGUUAUUCUUCCAAAAAGGUAUGAAAAUCAAGUGAAACGUAUCAAUGAGACGUUUUUAGGAAGAUUGAAGGAUAGGAACUCCCAUAAUUUUGAAAUACAGUUUUGUAAUAUUCCAUUUCCUGAUGAUAAACACACUGAAUCACAGCAACCUUGUUUCAGUUCUUGUUUGUGUCUGUUCAGUUCAAUUGGAAAGCAUUCAGAAAUCAUACUAAAUGGCGUUAAGCUCGGCUUCUAUGUCAAGGGAAAUAAACCUCUUCGCAAGAACUGUCAAUCUUGCAUAAGCAGAUAUGCUUUAUGGAAUGAGUUUAAAAAGAUAAAAACUGUUCCUUCUGAACUUGAUUAUCUUUCUUUCAAAUCAUCACUUGUUGAUCGGAUUAAUAUCGUAACGAAAGCGAAAAAGGAACUAUCUCCCUGUGGAUGGAUAUCGACCUACAGGGACACCUCUAUAUAG